CACUACCUACGUCAACAAUCAUCAUUCAAGAUGUCGUGUGAAUGUAAAGAAACAGAAAAACGUAUUCAGACACGUAAUUAUUACAGAUACUACGACACCCCUGAUGGAUGCGACAUUUUUAAAAAGGUUCUGGUUACGUCACGUUACGGAGCUAUGGCAGGCUUAUUAUUUUCUACUUAUGAUGUUCUUAUGUAUACACAUGCUAUUGGCUUUGGACCGAUAAUGAGACGAUACGCCUAUCACACGAUACCACUGACGCUGAUGGGAGCUACUUUUGCCGUAGUCACAAAUACCGUUCUGCGUAUGCGGAAAAAAGAUGAUUUGCUUAAUUACUUUAUAGGUGGCGCCGCUUGUGGGCCCAUCCUUCGAGCCUACUUAGGUACAAACCAUGCUUUAUUGCUGGGCAGUCUUGCUUUAGGAAUAAUUGCAAUGGUCAAGAAAGAGUCCGUGAUGGGCGGUUAUGAACUGUUGCCUCAUCCACCGAGCCAUAUGAGAACUGUGGGCAAAUGGAGAGGCGAUUAUACUUAUGUACCAGAUCCAAAUGAUACAUUGAUACACACAUGCGGAGAAAACCAUUGAAUACUUAACACAUUGCACACUAGCUGAACA